AUGACGACUGAAGUUCAAUGUAAUGGGCAUCAUGAUGCUUCACCGUUAAUUUCCAAUUCUUUGAACCACAACGACAGUCACCGAAGCUGGGUGGUUCAGAAAUUUGGUGGCACAAGUGUGGGCAAAUUCGCUGUAAAUAUUGCGGAGGAUAUAGUACGUGCAAGCUUGAAAAAUCAUAGAAUCGCAGUUGUCUGCUCCGCGAGGAGUACUGGGAAGAAGGUCGAGGGCACAACAAGCCGAUUAUUAGAGAUCCACGGUGUCCUUCAAUCCGUCAAUUCCUUGAAAGACUUGGAUUCAGACUAUUAUAAGAGCUUGGUCAGUAAAUACGAAGGACUGGUGGACGUUAUCCGCGACGAUCAUAUUGCGGCAGCGAAUUCACAUAUACGGGAUGAGGCUAUAGCCUCAAGGCUCGCAAAGGACAUUGAAACCGAAUGUAAGGAGAUACGGGAAUAUCGAUUAGCUGUUGAACGAUGGCACCUGGAAAUCGAUUCCAGAUCAAAGGAUCGCCUGGUUAGCUUUGGGGAGAAACUUAGCUGUAGAUUUGUGGCAGCUUUAUUACAAGACAGGGGAGUUGAUGCUGAAUACUUGGACCUCUCGGAUGCCAUUCAUUUUAAGACGCCAAAGGGAAUGAACUUAGAGUUUUACAGAGACGUGGCCGCGGCGAUAAAAGAGAAGAUAGACGCUUGUCAGGAUAGAGUGCCCAUUAUUACUGGAUAUUUUGGAACCGUCCCAGGUGGUUUAAUGGAUGGAGAAAUCGGGAGAGGAUAUACAGAUCUCUGCGCGGCAUUGGUGGCUGUCGGAGUCGCGGCAGAAGAAUUGCAGGUAUGGAAAGAAGUUGAUGGCAUAUUUACAGCAGAUCCCUCGAAAGUGCCAACCGCGCGACUUUUGUCCACUAUUACACCAUCCGAAGCAGCAGAAUUGACGUUCUAUGGUUCGGAAGUCAUUCAUCAUCUGACUAUGGAUCAAGUAAUUCGAGCGACCCCACCGAUCCGGAUCCGGAUUAAGAAUGUUAGGAACCCACGAGGAAACGGCACAAUCAUUUUACCAGAUCCUAUAUUAGAACCUUCACAGCAGACCCAUAAAAGGAGCCCGAGCCCUAUGGACUCGAAGAAGACGCCUAAACGGCCUACAGCCGUUACUAUAAAGGACAAGAUAUCCGUCAUCAACGUACACUCGAACAAGAGAUCGAUUUCGCACGGUUUCUUUGCCAAGGUGUUUUCCAUACUGGACAGUCGAGAGAUUUCUGUCGAUCUUAUUUCUACUAGCGAGGUUCAUGUUUCCAUGGCCGUUCAUUCGGCGCACAUCUCCGCGGAAGCUAUGCAGGAGACCAAGACGGAGCUCCAAGAGUGCGGCGAAGUCAGCAUCCUUAGUGAAAUGGCUAUCCUCAGUCUGGUUGGAUCGGAAAUGAAAAACAUGGUCGGAAUUGCUGGCAGGAUGUUUUCUACCCUAGGAGAAAAUAAUGUCAAUAUCGAAAUGAUAUCUCAAGGUAAAUUUAGAAUCUCCGUCCAAUACAUCGAUUUGACAACUAACGAACGACCUUCAGGGGCGAGUGAGAUCAAUAUAUCUUGUGUCAUAGACGCUUACGAGGCCACGCGCGCGAUGAACAUAUUGCAUACCAAUCUUUUCACAUUUUUAGAAUAG